GUCCGCCCGCUUCCUCAAAAGGACGGAGGACGGGAGGAGGGAAGAAACGAGCCCGCCCGCAACUCCGCGCGAGCAAAGAGCCACCCCCACCUCACGUUGCGGCCUCCACCUCCACCCACCCGGCCACCCCCGGAAUAGGCAGCAGCAGCAGCCAGCCGGCCAUUCGGGGAGGCCCAUGCGGCGGGGGCAGGGGGGAGGGUAGAAUGGGCAACGUCACGUCGUCGGUGGCGGCGCGGCUGGCCUUCUUCCCGCCGGAGCCGGCGACGUACGGCGUCGAGCCCGCCCAGGGCGGCGCGGGCGGGGACGGGCUGCUGCGGAUGACGGGGGUCUCGCCGGACGCCGGCGUCGAGGUGCGCGCGCUGCCCACCAGGGCCGGCACGCGCGUCGUCUCCGCCUUCUGGCGCCACCCCGCCGCGCGCCUCACGCUGCUCUACUCCCACGGCAACGCCGCCGACCUCGGCCAGAUGCUCGGCCUCUUCCUCGAGCUCCGGGCGCACCUCCGCGUCAACAUCAUGAGCUAUGAUUAUUCAGGCUAUGGUGCUUCUACAGGAAAACCAUCAGAGUACAACACAUACUAUGACAUAGAGGCUGUUUAUGAGUGCUUGAAAAAGGAGUAUGGGAUAGAAGAAGAGGAUUUAAUCCUGUAUGGGCAAUCAGUUGGAAGUGGACCAACAUUGCAUUUGGCCUCACGUUUGGAAAAGUUAAGAGGGGUUGUCCUUCACAGCGGUAUACUCUCUGGCAUACGGGUUCUCUAUCCAGUGAAAGUGACACUUUGGUUUGAUAUCUUCAAGAACAUCGACAAAAUAAAGCAGGUCGACUGCCCUGUGUUAGUCAUACAUGGGACUGCCGAUGACAUCGUCGACUUCACUCACGGCAAGCGCCUGUGGGAGCUAGCAAAGGAGAAGUACGAGCCCCUAUGGAUCAAAGGCGGUGGUCACUGCAACCUGGAAACCUACCCCGAGUACAUCAGGCACUUGCGCAAGUUCAUAAACGCGAUGGAGAAGCUCGCGAAAGACAAGGCGCCCAAGGCACCCCAGAUGCUGCCUUCGUCGAGCAUGACCGAAGUGAAACACAACAAGUGCUUGAGAUUCGGGAAGAGAUGAGACGAACCCGCUUCGAUCAUUCGCCGACUUUUAGCCGUCACUACUCACUAACCAUCCAUGUUGCUGCUGCUCAUGUAUGCAAGUUGAAGAGAUGGCAGGAGAGGUCAGCCAAGCGGCAGGGACUCCCCCUUGUUGGUGACUCUGGUGCAUGCGCCCCCAGGAAAUGCAGUGCAGCAACCCCUAGCUUGUGAUCCCGUGUGAGUUCAGGUUAGACAGACUCGUGGCUGCAGUGUGCUGGAUCGGAGAUGCCUUUGUUUUUUCUUGUGGGCGCCACAGAUUAGCCUGUUCCUAGCUCUCUUUUUUUUUUCAUUUCUUACUUUUGUUACCUGUGUAUUGUAGUCAUCGUGCAAAAGGAUUCGUUCUAAUUGUUAAUUGUAAGUUUGCAACAAA